UUGUCUGUACUCGUGUGCGGAGUUCCUCGUCAAACCUUAUUUGUGUCCUCAAUAUUUUUCUGCAGAAUUCUUAGCUAAAAUGUCCGACAAUGAAAACCCAAGAUGUUUCUUUGACGUUUCCAUCGGUGACGAGAGAGUAGGUAGAAUAGUCUUCGAAUUAUUUGCUGACAAGUGCCCAAAGACUGCAGAGAACUUUCGGGCUUUGUGUGUUGGAGACAAAGGGAAUGCUUCUAUAUCUGGGAAACCACUUCAUUACAAAGGCUGCACCUUUCACAGAAUCAUUAAAGGUUUCAUGGUGCAGGGUGGAGAUUUCACCAAUGGUGAUGGAACUGGGGGAGAAUCUAUCUAUGGUGAAAAGUUUGAGGAUGAGAACUUUGAAUUAAAGCAUGAUAAACGUGGCCUUCUUUCAAUGGCAAAUGCUGGUGAAAACACUAAUGGUUCACAGUUUUUCAUCACAACGGUACCAACACCACAUCUUGAUGGGAAGCAUGUUGUCUUCGGUAAGGUCACCAAGGGAUGGAGUGUUGUUAAAGAACUUGAAAAUACACCUGUGGAUGAAAGUAAACCUAAAAAGCUAUGUGUCAUUGAUGACUGUGGUGAGCUGCAACCAGGGGAAGAUGAUGGCAUAUGCGCUGAUGAUGGAACAGGAGACAAGCUUCCAGAUUGGCCAACAGACUCUGAUCUAGAUUUCAGCAAGCCCGAAGAAGUAUUAGCUGCAGCAGAGGCACUGAAGGGUAUUGGAAAUGAACAGUUCAAGGCCCAAAAUUAUGAACUAGCCAAAAAGAAAUACUCCAAGACACUGCGCUAUCUAAAUCACUCUGAUUCUGAUGAGGAAACAUCCUCGAGUGAAGAAGAAGGGGAAAAAGCUGAAAAAGUAAAGGAAGAAAAUAUACAGGAGGAGAAGAUACAAUCCUUGACAAUAAGUUGCUUUUUAAACAGAGCCUUUUGUGAAAUUAAGCUGGGAGACCAUGCAGGAGCUGUAGAAGAUUGUAAUGAGGUGCUGGAUCUUGAUGAUAAAAAUGUAAAAGCUCUCUACAGAAGAGGACAGGCUAAAAUGAACAUGCAAGACUUUGAUCAAGCAAUGGUUGAUUUUCAGGCUGCUGCUAAAUUGGAACCUAAUGACAAGAGCAUAAAGAAUGAGAUGGCAAGACUAAAGAAGUUAAAGGAGGAGCAACGCAACAAAGAAAAACAAAUCUAUUCAAAGAUGUUUGGCAAAUGACCAAAACUUGACAAUGUUUGCGGAACUUUACCCUUUCAACUUUGCCCUAUUCAAGUGAGGUGCUAAAGCAAGAUUUACAGCCAUGUUUUCAGGCAAAGCUUACAUUACAGCAAGUGAAGUGGUUAACAUUUGCUCAAAUCACGUGUUCACUUUUUCUAUAAAGUGUAGUCAUAACUUGACUAAUUACCAAGUGGAAAGUAGUUUAAGAUUAAACAGUGAAACAAUG